UCUCCGCCCACAACCGAGGCACAUAAAAAGGUAGCGGUCUUCCACUUUCUCUUUUGGCUCUUUGUUUCUUCUAGGAGUGACCUUGUACUUUGGACUUUUGUUUUAUAAGCAACUCACAAUAGUUGAGGGAGUAGACGUUUUCUUGUCUUUUUGCCACGAUAUCAUAAGUUUUGGUCAUCGCCAAACUAAAGUUCCUGGAGUAGGACUCUCCCCUGAACGCCGGCUGUGACAGCCUCACUACUGAAGGUGCUGAUUCUGUCAGACAGUCAAACCGGGCCCAAAAUCUGAGAACAGGCAAUAGCUCAAACCAUGCCAGAGCUUGGGGACUUGAUUGAAAUCUUCCGUACAAACGUUUCGGGUGUGCGAGUGCCACUGCUAGAUUAUCAGCACUGGGCUGUGUACGUUGGAGAUGGAUACGUUGUUCACCUGGUGAACCUCGGCUCAGACAGCUUCUCCAGCUCGUCCAGCUCGUCCAAGCCACAAACAAAAUCUAAGGGUUUCAAAGGCAAAAUAAAGAGACAAAAACUCAAGGAUGUGGCAGGGAAUGACGAGUGGCGCGUAAAUAACAAAUUGGACAACAAACGCAGUCCUCGGCCAGCCCUGGAAAUUGUGCAGGAGGCCCUUUCCUUGGUGGGUCAGGACAUGUUUUACCAUGUCACCAAGUGGAAUUGUGAGCACUUUGUCAACAAGCUACGAUAUGGCGUGAGCAGAUCUUGGCAGGUGCUAAAGUAUACAUUAGUAGCAGGAGCAGGAUAUCUGGGAGGAGCAGUAGGAACAUUACUAGGACCAUUAGGGACAGUGGGAGGAGCCACCGGCGCAGCGGUUUACACCAAGGCUUUGCUGGAUAAACUGGAGUAGUUAACUUCCUCAGUGUUGUCCUCCUCCUGAAUUUAUUUCUCUGUCAGUUGCCUACUCAAUGAAAUACAUGAAAUAAUUUGAAAAAUAUCUUGUAAUUUCCAAGUGUGUGUAUUUGUUUCAAUUUUUUUUAUGUCAAUUCACAGAAAGUAGCUACCCCAUGUUUAUUUGCACUUAUUCAUUUAAAGGGUAUGUUUUGACCCCAGAUAAUCCCAAUUUACCAUUAUGAAAAAGGUAUACAAAGAUGUACGUCAUUUUAAUAUAGAUUAUGCUGUAGAUUAGAUUUACUAACAUUGUGCCUGGUCAGUUUAGAAACACAAUAGAGCAAUAGCUACACACAUCCUAUUCCAAAUGUGGUGAUGAAAGCAGGCAAGGACAUCCUCUCUCUUUCUAAUGUUUCACCAUAUUUAUUCAACCACAAGCAGCAUCAAUCUGCCAAACACCAGCAUCAAAGGUUCUUCAUAUUUGGCACAAACAUCUCAACUCAAGGAUGAAACCUUUUCAGGAAUUUCAAAUUAAUCAAUUAACAACCAACCUAGGAUCCCCUAUUGACUACAGUUGUAUCAGACACCUGGAGCAGGUCUUUCAUGAUGAUUAAUUUACCACUUUCCAGUACUUGAUCUUGAAUCCUGGCAUUAGGGAUAAACAGCAUCUGGAAUACCUACACCUGAAAUUGGCCGUUAUAUCACCAAGGUUAAUCAAACUGCUUGUUCAAGUUAAUAGAAAAACUGUAGAAUUUCACAUCUACUAAUAAACCUAUAUCAAGAAUAUAUAUCAUUCUUAACAAAGUGGGCUUCAUAUUAACCAUGCAAAAUGAUAUUUUCUGCAAAUGUAAAUGAUUGAAAUAAAGAAUGUAUGAAAACUAAA